AGAAGGGCUAGGGUCCAUCACUCCCAAUGAAGAAAGUGACUAACCAAUUUGAUAUUUUUACUACUUGGCAGGAUCAUGUGGUGGGGGAGGCAGUGUUCUGCUAGUUCAUCAAGACCCAUGGCAAUUAGGGUUUAUAGAUCUCUCCUUUCUUCAAGACCCAAUUCCUUCAACAUUAAUCUUCUUCGGCACUUCUCCGCAACGGCAAGAGGUCCAAAAGUGAAAUCCCAAAUUCAAUAUCCUCUAGACUUCCCCCAAAGGAAUCUUACAUCAGUUUCUAAUAUACUCAAAAGAAUUCUGUUUUCCCUGGGACGCUCCCAAGAAUUUCUUACUUCUGUGAUUGGUAGCUGCCCUAGGGUGUUAGAGUAUGAAUUUAUGAAGAAAUGGGAAACGGGAAUAUCUGGAAUUGAGGGUGUAAAACUUUCUUCGUUGGCUAUUAAGAAUGUGUUGGAAGUUUGUUUGAAGUUUGAACUACAACCAAAUGAUGUUUCUGCUUGUCUGAAGUGUUUGCUGGCUUCGAAGUUGAGUGACAGUACUGUGGUUAAGGUUUUAGAACAAUUCCCUACAGUUGUAGUGACUAGUCCAGAUAGAAUUGAGAGGAAAAUUGAAUUCUUGAUGACUGGCCUUGGAAUAGCAAACACCGAGCUCAGUCAUAUUCUAGGGUCCUACCCAGGUGUAUUGGCAUUUGGGGUGGACAACAGGCUUAAACACUUGUUGAAUGAAUUUUCAAGCCUCGGUUUCGGCUUGGAUAUGAUAAGGAGGGAGGUUUUGAGAGACCCACGAAUUCUUGGGCUGGAAGUUGGUGAACUUUCUCAUUGCUUGAACGUGCUAAGGAAUUUAAAAUGUAGGGUGUCCAUUAAGGAUGAGAUUUUUCAAGACGGAGCAUUUAGGGCUGGAUAUCAAGCCAAGCUGAGAGUUGAUUGCCUCCACAAACAUGGUUUAAUACGUAGAGAUGCAUACCGCGUGCUAUGGAAAGAGCCAAGAAUAUUUCUAUAUGAUAUUGAGGAAAUUGAGAGGAAAAUCCAAUUUUUGGUGCAGACAAUGAAAUUUGAUGUUGAGAAUGUAGUUGACGUUCCAGAAUACUUGGGAGUGAAUUUCGAAAAACAGAUUGUUCCAAGAUUUCAGGUUAUUGAGCAUUUGAAAUCAAAGGGCGGGCUUGGGGAUGAGGUGGGGCUGAAAGCCUUGAUUAAGCCUAGUAGAUUGAAGUUUUACAAUCUCUAUGUGAAGCCUUAUCCAGAGUGCGAAAGCAUUUAUGGGAAAGUUGCAGGGGAUGUUAGGGACAAGCGUGGACAUCCUACUGGGUUAUGGAAGGUUUUCCGACCACCCCAGCACCAGCCCUCCAGUGAAGAUGUUAUGAACAUCAAGUCUUUCAUGGAUUCCCUAUGUUACAAGAGUGAUGAUUUCGUGGACCCAAGGUCCACGCCUAAAGUUGCUAGACUUAGAAGCUAGCGUGGAAAAAGGCCCGUUUUGCUCAAGAUGACGCGGAACAAGCCGAGCGUGAGUUAACAAACCAAAAUUGACGCUAACAAAUCAUUCUCAAAAGAGGUUGAUGACAUUGGCACAGAGAUAAUCUGAAAAGGCAAAAGCGCUUGGGGAAGAACGGAACUCCAUUGAUGCUGAAAAUGUUGACGUUGGAAAAUUAGAUGUCGCAGGAGCAAAAAAACAAGUUACAAAGCAAGAAAGGGGAAGAAACAAGGAGGGAACCGGGGGAGAAAGCAGCGAAAAUGAAGAAGAGUUAAACGAAAUGGAAAGGAAAAGAUUUCGGAGGAAAAAAAAUAGGUAAACAAAAGAUCCUAUGGAACAAGCCUGAAAAAGGCAAAAAGUGUCAAAGACAGAAGACUUCAAAGACAAAAGGUGGCAAAAGAUCUAUUCUAAACUUAUUUCUCUUAAUUGCUUAUUUUACUUGUAGUUUAUUCUUUUUGUUUCUAAUUGAGGUGGCUCUUAAAUCAGGGUUCAUAGUUAGCAAUAUGUGGAGUAAAAGAAGCUAAUUUUACUGCAUGCAUUUUAGCUUAGGAUUUUACAUGGAAUCAAGAAGUCCAUUUUGAUCUAUGACAAGAAGCCUAUGGUUGAAGUAAUACUCGAAGACUAUUAAGAACAUUGUGG